AUAACUGUCAGGGGCUAGUGUUAGAGUGUUGCUUUGUUUUUAAUGUUUCAAGAUUAACAGAGAUUCUCAGAGACUGACAAACUGUAAUAAUUAAGCCAGACUGGAUCAGGCCUGAGAGGAAGGGCGCAAUGGUCUUUUUUAAGCCCCUAAAUGUACUGCAAAGUGUUUUUAAUUUCAUGUAAACAUUUAAAAGACCACAUAACUCAGUCUAGUGCAGACGCUUCCUGCAGCUUCAACGGCAUUUCCUGCUUCUCUUUGAAGUUCUCACCCUGGGCUACACUGCGGGAAGAAAACUUAGUGCGGAUCCACCUACUGCGCCCUUACCAAGGAGUUGCGCAAAACCAAAUCCGCAGAUUUUGUCGAUUGCUUCUUCCUGGGAAGACCCGCCUAGAUCGACUGCUUCUGUCUGGCCCAACCCCGGGCGCGGGAAAAGAGUUUGAAUCCUACCAGGUGGCCGCAAGGACCUCCUCAACCUUCAAAAUCCUGACCAGCCUCAGCCACCGCCACCUCCUCCUCCUUCUACAUCCCUGACUCCCCGAGGUCUCCAGAACAACGAGAGUGGACCGCCGCCAUGUCCGAGGCUUAUUUCCGGGUGGAGUCGGGUGCGCUGGGGCCUGAGGAGAACUUUCUUUCCCUGGACGAUAUCCUGAUGUCCCACGAAAAGCUCCCGGUGCGCACUGAGAUCCCCAUGCCGCGCCUCGGCACUUUCUUCCUGGACCGGAGCGGAGGGGCCGAGACAGACAACACAAUCCCUCAGACGUUUAUUGGCCGCUUCCGCCGCAUCAUGGACUCCGCCCAGAACGCUUACAACGAAGACACUUCGGCACUGGUAGCCAGGCUGGACGAAAUGGAGAGAGGCUUGUUUCAAACAGGGCAGAAAGGACUGAAUGACUUUCAGUGUUGGGAGAAGGGCCAGGCAUCUCAGAUCACAGCUUCCAACCUUGUUCAGAACUACAAGAAGAGAAAACUCCCUGACAUGGAAGACUGAAGGCCGGAAGAACACAGAACUGCUCCCUCUAGACGUCUUCCUCUGUGUGUCCUUGAUGAAGCCCAGCUCGCCUUGGAAAGGGCCAGCAUCACGUCCCAUCCUGCGGCUUCUCUCCUGCAGGAGUGUUGGGAGGGGAACCAUUGGGUGGGGAAAGGAUAUGCUGGGGGUGUCCCACCUGUUGACCCUCAGCCCAGGCCUGCGUGACCCAGGGGCCCACGGCCAGGGAGAAGUCCAAGCCCUUCACAAAUAAGGAUCAUCAAUACCUACGUCGCAAUAGAGUUGGAAGUGGGUUUCCUCACGGGAGUGGGGACGGCCUUAGAUGUCCAGUUCCACCAGCUCCAAAGCAUGGGUGGAAAUGGGCCUUCCUCGCCUGCUCACAGAAUGUUCUCUUGAGCUUCCAUGCCUCAUCUUCCUCAUGGUGCCACAAAGGACAGCCCCCCCAGGAUGCUGGCCCUACCUGUAAAUAUCCCCUACCACCUGCCUGUGGGGAGUUACCCCAAUUUCCAAAAACUGUCUCCAGGAAUUAGGAAGGCAAAGGGAAAGGCUGAUGAGUGGCAUGGUUUUUACUAAAGAGAAGACGUUGCUUUCCUCUUCUGUAGUGACGGGAAAGGGUUAACCUGAGCUUGCUUUGCCUCAGAUCUUUAGAGCAGUGGCAAGGUUCUGCCAUUCCCUCCCCAGCAAAGCUGUCAGGGAGUCGUUUGGAACUGCAAAGUAGUUAUUAAAGGGUGGUAACCAGCCCGUGUGACAUUGAAAUCAGAGCUUCAGGGUUGCCUAAUGAAGAGGGCUGUUUGAGAAGCUCAGCAGCGUGGCUGUCGUGAGCGUUGUUUUUCUCGUCAAUAAAUUUCGCAAUGUUAUGACAGAGAAGAUUCCUGACCAGUUACUAAGAAUCCAUUUAAGCAACCACAAAACCCUUCCCCGGGCGAUCAAGGAGGAAACCUCAGGCAGAGUCGGGCACAGCUUUCCUGGGACCCCCUGGGCCUUUCGAGGGGCAGCCGUCUCCACACUGUUGGCUCCCCUUCCAACUUCCCACCACUGCCUGUGUCGUUGGAAAUUAGGGUGGGGUUUCAGUCUCCAAAUUGUGCCGAUGUUGUGGGGCAGACUUAGAAUGUCAAAAAUGUUUUUUAAAUGCCUGUUUUAAGAUGGAACUGAGGUUUUUAUAAUUUGAUUUUGGUGCUAAAUAAAUGAUCCACUUUGCCCCUGCAUACGUUCUGUCCGAGUUCUAUUUCUGUAACUGGAGUCCUGCAGAUGAUCAGGCAAAGCUAUCAGAGAAUUUUUGUCUGAUUGUAUUUGACAGUAAUGUCCAAAUAAAUCCAUGUUUUAGCAA